CUGCUGGGGGGGGGGGGGGCUUUGGGCAGUCUGGUGUGUACAGGCCACAAGAUGCCACGUGUGGAACGCCCCUGCAGCCCUGCCAGAGACGACCAGCACAGGCUGUCAUUUGGACUAGUCUGGAACCCACUCUGGGGUCAGGCUAAGCCUCAGGAGCACAUGACAACUGGGGAUCACUGCCGCCAGGGCUGGGCCUGCCUGGAAAGGCACAGAGAGCAGGAGGUCGGCUCCAGCGUCCCCAUGGGCCCUUAGCCUUGGCCUGGGUCAGGCGUGGGACCUCACCCAUCCCCUCCUUCUCUCUGUUCUCACCUUCCUGGUCACGCAGCUCUUCUCCCAGGUCACCUCCUGCAGGACACUUUGCCAUCAGAGGCUGAAAGGGGGGCCAUGUGCCUUGUCGGGGUCCUCCAAGGCUCUUCAUCCAGAGUCCCCAGGGGCGGGGGCUCUGGGCUGGCCACCCUCCUCGAACCAGUUGUGGAGGGAGGCUGGGGACUCUGUGUGACCUGGAAGGCUCACUCAAGGCUAGGUGGGCCGGCGGAAGCUGAGCAGAGGCUGGUGGUUGAGGUGGAAGAGUCCUGGGGCUCCUCGUUUCUGGCAGGAUUCACUGGGACUGGCCAGGUCCAGCCUGGAGGGGCUCUCGCCGUGGUCGCCCCCGCCCACCCCUGGCUUAGGUGCCGAGGAAGGGAGCUGGGCUCCGUCCCUGGCACCCUGCCUGUGACCAGUGGGCCUUGCGUUUCCAGAGCAAUGAAUGAUAUUGGGGACUAUGUUGGUUCCAAUCUGGAGAUAUCCUGGCUUCCCAACCUGGAUGGCUUGAUAGAGGGCUAUGCUCGCAACUUCCGGCCUGGCAUUGGAGGGCCUCCUGUGAACGUGGCCCUCGCCAUCGAGGUGGCCAGCAUCGACCACAUCUCAGAGGUGAACAUGGAAUACACCAUGACCGUGUUCCUGCACCAGAGCUGGCGGGACAGCAGGCUGGCCUACAACCACACCAACGAGACCCUGGGCCUGGACAGCCGCUUCGUGGACAAGCUGUGGCUCCCGGACACCUUCAUUGUGAAUGCCAAGUCCGCCUGGUUCCACGACGUGACUGUGGAGAACAAGCUUAUCCGGCUGCAGCCUGACGGGGUGAUCCUGUACAGCAUCCGAAUCACCUCCACGGUGGCCUGCGACAUGGACCUGGCCAAAUACCCCAUGGACGAGCAAGAGUGCAUGCUGCAUCUGGAGAGCUAUGGCUACUCAUCCGAGGACAUCGUGUACUACUGGUCUGAGAACCAGGAGCAGAUCCACGGGCUAAACAAGCUGCAGCUGGCCCAGUUCACCAUCACCAGCUACCACUUUGCCACGGAGCUCAUGAACUUCAAAUCGGCUGGUCAGUUCCCUCGGCUCAGCCUGCAUUUCCAUCUCCGGAGGAAUCGGGGCGUCUACAUCAUCCAGUCCUACAUGCCCUCCAUCCUCCUAGUUGCCAUGUCCUGGGUCUCCUUCUGGAUCAGCCAGGCAGCGGUGCCCGCCAGGGUGUCUCUAGGCAUUACCACGGUGCUGACCAUGACCACGCUGAUGGUGAGUGCCCGCUCUUCCCUCCCGCGGGCCUCGGCCAUCAAGGCGCUGGACGUGUACUUCUGGAUCUGCUACGUCUUCGUGUUUGCUGCGUUGGUGGAGUAUGCCUUUGCCCACUUCAAUGCUGACUACCGGAAGAAGCAAAAGGCCAAGGUCAAGGCCACAGAGCAGAGAACAGAGAUGGACGUGAAGAAUGCCAUUGUACUCUUCUCCUUGUCGGCCGCUGGCGUCACCCAGGAGUUGGCAGUGUCCCGCCGGCCCUGCCGCACGCCUGGGAACCUCAUGGGCACCUACAGGUGUGUGGAGAUGGAGACGGGGGAGGCCAAGAAGCGGGGCGGGCGCCGCUCGGGGGGCCAGGGAGGCCUCCGUGGGCUUUUUAAGCCCAUCGACGCAGACACCAUCGACAUCUACGCCCGCGCAGUGUUCCCUGCUGCCUUCGUGGCGGUCAAUGUCGUCUACUGGGCAGCCUACACCAUGUGAGGCUGCAGGUACCUAUCCCGGAUAGGCUGCUUCACCUAUCCUGGAGCCCACGGCCACCGGGCGAAAGGCUCUCGGGUGGAUCUGCCCCCUCUGCCUGUUUCGAAGGGGGCGUGACAACAGGCCGCGUGAAACAAGAGGAAAGCCUCGGCCUCCCUAAGUACCCCAGGCGCUGUCCCCACCAUCACCUGGAAGACCACCCGGGGCUCUCCCACGCACCUCUCCUGCAGACCCCCGGCCCAGCUCCCCCUUAGCGGCAGGGUCCACCUGACCCAAGGCUGAGCCAGGCAGGCUCGUGGCCUCUGGGAAGCUAUGCAUUUGACUCACAAAACAAUCCUGAUUCUAGGCACUUGCUCUGUGGGCUUGGGACCGGGUCACGGGAGGAGGCUGGGAGUGGGCGGUGCUACUUUCUUGGUAAAGCGGUGGAGAAGGGCGUCCAUGGGCCUUUGGUCCCAGCAUGAAAUAAAACAAAGCGUUUGGCUGCUG